AUGUUGAUACACCUGUUGUUGGCUGUUUUUGUUGGGAUCGGAGGGACGGAGACCAAGGAUUUGAGUAAAACUAAACUGACUGGAGUUCAGGUGGGUAUUAAAACUUAAUUUAUAUGUCUUAGAUAAGAUUUUAAUACUAUAUAAAGAUAUUAAAUUUUAACUUUAAAGCGAAAACUUGGCUAGAAUCAGUCAAAAGACUUAUUUUGGGUAACAAAAUCCUUCUAUUUUGAUUUUUGUAUAUACGUUUUGACUUAAAACUCCGAAAUUUAAUAAAUUUUGUAAAAAUUAUAACAUUAAUCCAGAUAUUAUUCAAUUCCAGGCCAAACACGUGUACAAAUUGUUCAGAGAAGGCAACAUUAGCCUGAUAUUUGAUGUAAACCAAGAACCUCAUACCCGUGCAUUAUUAUUUCGCUUUACCACAACUAAUAACCCAACACAAUCUAGUUUAUACCUACUUUCCGAAACUACUGUAAGUGUGUCCUUUAAAAUUAAAAAUUUUUUUUAAAAAUUUUUAAAAAUUUGAAACUACAGUACAACUACCGUACAUAAGGCUGGAAAAAUUUUGAAAAGGGGUAGAUUUUUGAGGAGAGGGUAAAAUACGAUUUUUAAAUAUAUGUAUUUUCUCCCUCCUCCCUUAUUGUACAAUAUCAUAAAUUCAAGCUACAUUUUAAUAUUAUCUUUUCUUAGAAUCCUCGAUUUGUUAUCAAUACAAUUUCAGGACACAAAAAACCAUCUUACCCUGAGAUUAGGCAAAGAGAUAUUCACAGUAGAAACUGGAAUCUACAAUCAGAACUACCAUAGGAUCAACUUGCAAUUGACACAUGAACACUUUCAAAUCAUCGUGGAUUGUGUUAAGAUUGCUGAUAGUCAUUACUCAAGUCACAGUAUUCCAAGGUAAACUUUUUCAACAAUUUCAUAUUUUUACUACCCUACACUAUGCUACUAUAUCAUGUCCUACCCUCCAUCCGAUUCUAUUCUACUUCUCCUGUCCCACCUUACCUUACCUCUUUUUUCAUGAAAUAACUUUCAGCCAACACAAAAAGCUUGUCCUUGACAUUGGCAUAGCACCAGAUGAAAACGCCAGAUUCCCAGGUCAUAUUCGUGAGUUCUCGGCUGACACUCCUCAAGCUACCCACAUGAGAUGCGCCGAUAUUAUCCUCAGUCGUCAGCCUCGUCUAGAAAGACAACUGGCUGAAGCUGAUGCCGCCGAAAUCGCAGAAGAACGAGGCAUCUUGACCAACACCAUCAAUGAUGACAACAACAUCAUUAACGAGCUGGAAGAACGAGUCAAGGUACUUGAAGAUGAAGUAGAACACUUCAGAUCGUAUGUCCAGAAGUUUGACAACAGAAUCCAGACAGUGGAGCUACAUCAACGUGGCUGUCAAGUUGACGGUCAUCUGCUGCAUCUGGGUCAGAAAAAUCAGAACUACCUCAACUGUACCCAAUGUCAAUGUUCCUCAUCUGGUCAACUUCAUUGUGGUCCGAUCGGAUGUCCUCAUCUCAAGUGUGCUCACCCCUACAAACCUCAAGGUAAUUGUUGUCCUGUGUGUGGUAAACAAUGUUAUUACAAUGGCAACAACUACGAGCAUGGAGCUGAGAUGUGGCCGAAGCAGUGUGUACGAUGCAAGUGUGAGCAUGGUAGAAUGGAGUGCCAGUUUCAGUGAGUUUAUUGGGUUUUUUUGGGAAAAGUGAUGCUAAUAUUGGCCAAAAAGUAGAUAGAAGUAUCGAUAGUUUGUUAAUUCUGAACAUAACUGGUCUUUCUAUGACCUAACGAGUACUAUAAGGGCGCUUUUUAUAUAUUUUUAAAUCUAUUUAGUACUACAGUAAUCAUCCUAUAAACUUUUCGAAUUACAAUUCUGACGAACCCUCCAAGCCAUCCCCCAACACAUCUAAUAACCAAUAAUCAUUCCAGUCGACCGGAAAACUGUCCCAAGCUAGACUGUGUGCACCAAGAAACCCCGCCCAACCAAUGUUGUCCAGUCUGUGUCAAUGUGGACUAUUGCGCCGAAGGGAAGAACCCCUGCCACGCCAAUGCGGAAUGUAAGAAUGGACAAUACAAAGCCGAGUGCAAAUGCAAAGAAGGCUUCUUUGGGAACGGUACCACUUGUUACGACAUUGAUGAGUGUUUGUGGGACCAAAGUGCUCGGGAGCAGUUGGGAGGCUGUGAGCAGGGUACCAUUUGUAUCAACUUGCCCGGCAGCUUCAAAUGUGACUGUUUGCCCGGAUUCCAACGACUUGACGACCGCCAUUGCCUUGAUCUGAUUCGAAUUUGA